UGUGGCUGUGCCUCAGGCCGUUUCGAAGAAUUUGUCCUUGUGUACGGCAUAGUACGGGCAGCCCUUGCUCGCAACUAGUCCGCCUCUUCAUCAGCUCUCUCACCGUCACCACUUCCUCACUUUCCAAGCGAUUUCGCUUAUCGUUCAAUAUGUCGGCAAGAAAAUCUUUCUUCCCUCAGAACUCCGCUCCAGCUUCUGUCCCACCACCUGCGCUUUUCGUUCCUGACCAGUCAAACCCACUACACAGCUCUAGCAACGGCUCUUUCACCGCCCCUUUUGACAUCCCCAGUCUUCUCAAGCCUCAACGAUCUCAACAACAUGCCUCACAGGGACAGCCGCCGUCUCGACGCCAAUCCAUGAAUGCUUCCAUCCGGCCAUCGACCGGCACUCCUCAUGCUCAAGGUCCCACCCACUCUCGCGUUCUCGACGCCCUCAACGCUGCGGGUCUCAUCACGCGUCCCGGAACUUCUGACCCGCAUAAACGGUCGAAAAACUUCGCGACCCACCGUCUGCCAUCUCACGGGCCCUCUGGCGCGACAGGUGGUACUCCCAAUGUGAUCGUCGCCCCAUCGCCGCGCAUGCCAGCAUCAGCUCUCUUUCGCGAACCGACGGCUUCUUCUGCUGGUGCCUUGAAGAAAUCUGCACUCACACCUGUGUCUCAAGCCGUGUCAAUGACGCCGACAGGCGAGCAGCCCCAAGACGAGGCGCAUAUAUUCGGCUUCAAUGCUGCGCAAGAGCACACAGAUGCUUCGAACAAUCGUCCCCUCUCUCGCCCUAUGCACUCUACUCACGUUCACCCCCAUCUUGAAGAGGAUAGCGACGAGCCGCCGAUGCUGCAGUCUCGAUCUCCCUUCCUGCACCAAGACCAUGUCAAUGCCGGUGUCCGCGGGACAGACCAGCAAGAUGACGACGUUUAUGAGAUUCCCGAAGCCGAGAUGCGCGCUCGGGGAUCCAACUUGAAACGCGGACGAUCCGAGGUCGAGGACGGCGAGGGAGAUGAUCACGGGAUGGGCUAUGGAGCUGGGCAAGCGAAGCGGUUCAAGGCCCAGGAGCAGCUGGAGGAUUUGGGGUACGAACGGAUGGCAUUGCCCGACCCCACUCAUCCACGGCAAGAUGUCGAGCACCACCAUCAGCUUCAGCAUCACCACGAUGGCCGUCCGCAGCGUGUUCCCCCGUCGACUUAUGUUAGCUACUCCGGUCGUCCUUAUGACUCUAUCCAGCCCAUCUCGCCUUCUCCUCACCAAGAACAGGCUUGCGGUUCAGACCCCGACUCUCAUGCGGAACGCGAGCGACCCGAAGCGUCGCCUCUGCUCAAGCUGCUGCGCGUUGAACAAGUUGAUCUCCUCUCCGCUGCUCGAGUGGAUAAGUAUAUCCAGUCGACUGAGAAGUGGAAGAAUUGCACCCGGGAGGAGUGGAUUGCAGGAGCAGAUGAGCUCAUGAGGAUGUACACCAAGAUCUUCGACUUCGCCAAAGCUCACAUGACCGACAAGUUCCAGAUGUUCACUCAAUGCGACGACACGCUCAAAGCACACAACGAGGUUUUGAAAGAACGUGAUACGCUGCUGGGCGAUGUGCGGGACCAGCUUGUCGCGGAGGGUGGAAACGUACUGGCCAAGUGAUUCAUUCAAUCGUCUUCCUGUGCGACGCUGUGUCUUCUGUUCGGGGCCCGGUGGACUUCUGAACUUACAAUAACCUUCCGUAUACUGCACGUUUCUUGCUGUUGUGUGAUACUCCACGGGUCUGAGCACCGCAUGUGCAACUGCUGUAUCCGCACAAGCUGUGUAAUUGUGUGCUAGCUAUGUCGAAUGCCGUUGCGUUGUGUGCCUGACCGGGCGUCCGGUGUACUUAUAGCCUCAGCCACUUAGAGUCACCAUACCACAUGGGUUCCGACUGCGAGACAGUGAUCGAUUUCUUGAGCAAGACUAUACACACCGGGGAAUCAUUAAAAAAAAAAGGUGCCCCAAUAGAGCUGUUCAGCAGAACCAAAAAAUUGAUUUGUUUUUUACGAGUUUCCUGGUUGUGGAGUAGACUUUACUUCCCAAUU